AAUCGCGCCAAAUGGAGUCUCCGUCGUGUUACUCACCGGUGACCAGCGUGGGUCGUUGGGAGGGCAACCUCGGUCCAAGGAAGCACACGGUGCUCGGACUCGUCUGUGUCGUGUGCGGAGACACCAGCUCCGGGAAGCACUAUGGAAUUCUCGCCUGCAACGGAUGCUCCGGAUUUUUUAAACGAUCAGUGCGACGGAAAUUAAUUUACAGAUGUCAAGCUGGUACUGGACGUUGUAUUGUUGAUAAAGCUCACAGAAAUCAAUGUCAGGCAUGUAGACUUAAAAAGUGCUUAACCUGUGGGAUGAAUAAAGACGCUGUACAGAAUGAAAGGCAGCCCCGGAACACAGCAACAAUUCGGCCAGAGGCUUUGCACGAUUUACACGGCGAACAAGGACGAGUUUUGCGAGAGGCGGCGGUUGCUGUUGGCGUUUUUGGACCGCCUGCAAGCCUGGCCAGCAUGAGCCUGCAGACGGGCCGAUACAGCGCCACGAGUAUAUUGUCGCCUGCGAUGUACUCGGCAAAUUGCACGCGGGCGUCGCUCGCUCCGGAGCCGAGUCUAUCCUCCGGUAGCUCAUCCACGCCACCUCCCCGGAACGCUUUCGAUAAUCCGCCGACGCGAUCGUCGAAUGCUGAUUUCGACGCCGACG